GUUAGUGGGCGUUGAGGCGGCGGGUCGCCAUGGUGAGAGAUGCGGUGGGGCCGGGGCAGCUCCUCAGGCCGUGCUGCGCGGCUCCGGUGCUGAGCGCGGCCCGGGCCUGCUGGGGCGGGAACUGCGCCGCCGGGAUCGCUAUGGAGCUGCUGCGGGGCGCGUGGGGGCGCUGGGCCGGCCGGCACCGCCCAAAGCCGUGCGGGGGAAGGCCGCGGCGCUGCCCUGCACCGCUGCGAUGUGUGAACGCCGGGGAUUCUGGGCCGGCCGCCGAGCCCGACCGUUACUGCGUCGCCGCGGUUGACCCCUCUCAGAAGGAGUGCUUCCGGGUCAGCAGCGCGCCCUGGCCUCUGAUUGGUGGCACCGGGGGCGCAUGCGCGCGGGGCGUUAGUGGGCGUUACUGGGAGUUGAGGCGGCGGGUCGUGAUGGCUGAGGUAGAAGAAACGCUGAAGCGAAUUCAGAGCCACAAAGGAGUGCAAGGACUCAUUGUUGCUAAUUCUGAUGGUAUUCCUAUCAGAAGCACUAUGGACAACACCACAACCAUUCAGUAUGUUGGCCUAAUGCACAGCUUCAUCAUGAAGGCAAGGAGCGCCGUUCGAAACAUCGAUCCCCAAAAUGACCUCACCUUCCUGCGGAUCCGCACCAAGAAAAAUGAGAUCAUGGUUGCUCCAGAUCCGAACUGCAGCUCUGUACUUUCCCUCUGAAACCAGACCUUGCUUCCAGAUGCUGUGUGCUUUCUUGUUUUGCCCCAGUUCCAGGUGUUCCCUCUUCAUCCAGGCCAGCUGCCCCGCUUGCUUGGCACAUGGCACAGUGAGAUUGCCUGCUCCCAGGCUUUUGAAAGGUGUUUCUUGAGAAGUGACUAGCUCUCGUGGGCCCCUGGAUACUGGAGAGCAGAAUUGUAGGGGACACUGCUAAUUUGCUCCCUGAGAAGCUUAAAGUUUGCUCUCUUUAAAAGUUCGUGGUGGCAAUUCUGCCUUUUUUUUUCCUCCUUGCACUAAAAAUUUUGAACUCAACCACUUCAUGAUCCCUGUGGCCACGACGGCUGCCUGCUGUCACAGCUCCCAUAGGGCCUUCCCUCUUCGUAGCUGAAGUGCAGGAGGGCUUCUGUCCUGGCUGGCUCACUCAGUACCUGUGAGUACUCGUUCCACUUCUGGCUCAGAGGAAAGGAUUUUAACUUGUAGCUGUACUGGGUCACAGAAUGUGGCAGCAGCCUUCUUUCUGGAGAUACUCCUGGGCAUUUCGGCCAGCUAUGAAACAGGGAUGAGUUGCAUUAAUGGUGCAAGAACUCAGCUUUGUUCCUUUGGACUGUAGUGGCAUUCUGCUGGUGGGGAGGCAAAGAAGGAGGCUGGUGCUCCAGCAGGCAGCUGUGCAGGAGCUGGUGGGAGCAGUGCUUGGGGAAGAGGCUCUGGGGUUUGUGCUGGUGCAUCCCCUCAUUUCCAUACGAAAGGUGGAAAGAGAAAUAACCAUUACUCCAGAACAAACGCAGCUGGAACCCCUUCGGUCCUGCAGCCUGGCUGUGAGAUAUGGGAAAUCGCUGUCUUGCGCUGCCUGGUUUGCUUCAAUCAUUGCACGUGUCAGUUAUUCUCACUUAUUAGGGAUGAACGGUGUUAAAUGUGGCUCUUGAGCACGUGAGACUUUUCCACCACGAGACUCAGAUAAGGGAUCCAACACGUCAAACCUGUUCUGAUCACUGGGGAUGAAUGUCAGGACAGCGUGUCAGUGAGAUACCAGAAAGAGACAAAGCUGGAAGUUCCUGUAUUGAGCAACAGGGAUGCUUUUCUUUGUGAAUAAGUAUCAACAAUGAGAGAAUAA